AUGGCGUGGAAGCGGCGGGGGCGGGAGGGGGGCCGGGGGGGUAGGAAGAAGGGGGAGGGGGAGGCGCCAGUGGGCCGCACGGACAGCGCCGCGCGGAUCGUGCUGGACGGGAUGGCCAAGCUGCUGGGCUCCAGCAGUUUCUCGCGGUCGCGCAGCAGCCGAGAGAGCGGGCGGGCCGGGGAGGAGGCGCCCAGGGUCGGGCGCCAGCUGUCGAAGAAGCGGUUCAGGUGGUGCUUCGGGCCGCCGGAGGGCCGGGCGCUGGGCUUUGAGCGGCAUCCGCUGGCGAUCGAGGAUAGGCGCAGCCUGGCCAAGCAGAGCUCGUCGUGCUCGACGCAGCCCAGCGAUCGCGGCCUGGAGGAGUGCCACACGUCCACCGAGGAGGUCACGUCAAAGUACAGCGACUUGUUCAGCGACGCGUCCGACGGCCAGCUUGACCUGGAGGCCCUGGAGCCCAGCGAGGCCAACUUUGCGCUGCUGCUGGCGGAGUGCAACCGGCUGAAGAACGAGAAGCGCAGGAUGCAGCAGAUGAUGUUGGAGUACGACGGCCAGAUGGAAGCCCUGGCGUCGGAGUGCCAGGCCAUCGUGGCGGCCACCAACCGGCGGUUUGUGGGCGCGGCGCGCAAGGUCAAAUACAUGGACAAGGUGGUGCUGUCGCUGCGCGAGGAGCUGGACAAAAAGGUGCGGAGCAACACCAACUUGGAGCUGGAGCGCAAGGUGCUGCAGCACGAGCUGAGCGAGGCGGUGAGCGAGCUGGAGACGGCGGCGAUCCAGGAGGCAGUGCUGGCAGCGGGGGUUUGA